ACUCCAAUCAAAACAAUAAAAAAACAAGACAUUUUUGUGUACGAAAAUUGAUCAACUUUUUGUGCGCUCAAAAAAUGGCCUUGGAGUCCGGCAGCAGCAGCUCCGAAUCAGGGAGCUCCUCCACCAGCGGAUCCACCAGCUGUUCAGAGACGGGCAGCAGUUCGGACACGGAUUCCAGCAGUGCGACGCCGGAGGAAAAGCCAUCCGCGAAUUCCACGGCGAAACCCCAGACGCAAACGCAACAACAAACGAAUUCCGGGAAUGCACUGAGAAGAAAACCAGCUCCCCCGGCCGCGGAGGAAAAGUCCAAGGCAAAUGCAGCAUCCUCCAGCAGAAAAGUGACCAACCCGGCGAAAAGUAGACUCUCCAGCGACGACGACGAGGAUGAUGAUGGCGACUCGGCGCCACCGGCCAAGAAGAAUGCCCGCUCCCUGGGCAGUUCGACAGUCACAGCGGCUGCAGCUGCUUCGGCGGCCAAAAGAAAGCCCCCUGCAUCCGGAAACAAACCACCCAGCAAUCCAGCCAACAAACCCAGCAAUCCACCCCAGCGAUCGACAAACAACAAUCGAUCCCUGGAGAAUGGCGAGGGCAAACGGCCCUCACUAUCCUCCUCGUCCAACAGUACGGAUGACUCUAUGAAAAUCGUUAAGAACGGCCGCAAGGUUCCCCUGAAAAUGGCUAGCACGGUGAGGCCAAAACAAAUUAGGGGAAAACUUCCGCCGGCCAAGAAAAACGGCGUAGGACCGGUGAUCAGCAGUGACGGAAGUUCAGGCUCCGAAAGUGGCUCCAACUCAGGCGAUGAUUCCAGCUCAGGUAGCGACUCAGAGGGCACUGAUUCCAGCAAUUCCUACAGUUCGCAACCAGUGAAAGGAGGAGUCAAAGGUAAACAAGGCAAAAGGGUUGGAGCGACAAAAAUCCAAAACUCCGACAGUGAAGAGGAGCGAAAAGACAAGGCUAAUCCCAUGAGGAAACUCACGCGAUCGCUUAGCAUGCGAAGGACCAAACAGCAGCCCAAACAGGACACAGAUUCCGAGUCCGAUGGAGACUUAGACGACGAUAAAAUUCCGAUCUCCAAAAGUCCCGCCAAAAAGCCAGUACCGUCGAAUUUGAACGCCACAAAAAGCAAGGUGAAAAGAGAAUCCAUUGGAAUUAGCAGUGGAGUCCUAAGCUCGAUUAAAUCACGACCUGUGUCACCCAUAACACAAACGGAGAAGAAGUGUCCUAUCGAGGGGUGCGACUCAUCCGGACAUCUCAGUGGCCAUUUAGACAGGCAUUUUUUGCCGGACGCGUGUCCUAUUUACCACAAUAUGUCCGCCUCCGAGUGCAAAGAGCGGGCCAAUGAAAGAAAACUGCGCAAUGAACAGCGGCUUAAGAUGCCCGUGAAUAUUGUGACGGCGCCGGGUAACCAGCACACCAAUCUCAAGACCCUCUCGCCCGAACAACGCGAAUUUCUGGCCAAGAUUCGUGAGUCCAGGGCCAACUUUAGGCCGGCUAAUAACAAUUUCCUUGACUCUAAGGUUAAGCUAGAAAAAGACGUCACGGACGAAGACCGUGAACCGAAUCUGUCUGGCCUGGUGCCCGACUACGAUUUACAAUUGUUCCGGGAAGCGCAAGCUCAGGCCUCCGAGAGGAUAGAAGACGAACUCAAGGACCUGCCUGUGGGAAAGGGAAUCAAAUAUAUCAGCAUGGGAAAGUACAAGAUGAAGGUGUGGUACCAGUCACCGUAUCCGGACGAUGCUGCCCGCCUGCCCAAAAUGUAUAUCUGCGAGUUCUGUCUGCGUUAUCAAAAAUCGGAGACGGGGAUCAAGCGGCACGCCGAGAAGUGCGUCUGGCGACAUCCGCCGGGCGAUGAGAUAUACCGCAAGGGCAAACUACAGGUGUGGCAGGUGGACGGGAAACGUUACAAGCAAUAUUGUCAACAUCUGUGUUUGCUGGCCAAGUUCUUCCUGGAUCACAAAACGCUUUACUACGAUGUGGAGCCCUUCCUUUUUUACAUCAUGACGCUGGCGGAUGUGGAUGGAUGUCAUAUUGUCGGUUAUUUUAGCAAGCAUAUUCCCUUUUUGCAAGAGAAGAAUUCGUUUUACAAUGUUUCGUGUAUUUUGACAUUGCCGCCAUAUCAGAGAAAAGGUUACGGAAGAUUACUAAUCGAUUUCAGCUAUCUGCUGACCCGAGUGGAGGGAAAAAUCGGUUCCCCGGAGAAACCGUUAUCCGAUCUCGGCCUUAUCUCGUACCGCUCGUACUGGAAGGAUGUACUUUUGGACUACCUAUGCAAUAGGUCGGGAAAUACCCUCGCCAUCAAGGAUGUUUCGCAGGAAAUGGCGAUUUAUUCAUAUGACAUUGUGAGCACCCUUCAGGCUUUAGGCAUGAUGAAAUACUGGAAGGGAAAGCACAUAGUUCUCAAAAAGCAGGAUGUCCUGGAUGAGUACGAGGAGAGGGUAAAACGAAGAGGAUCCUUCCCCAAGAUCGACGACUCCUGCUUAAGAUGGCAACCUUUUAUUAAUGUCCAACCGAGUGCAUCUCCAUAGCCACGUGGUUGGAAGCAUGCCAGAGCAUGCUUUGCGGACGCCGAUGACGAUGACGAAUCCUUGGCCCCGAAUUCCUGAUUUCAGAGAUUUUAUUUUUGGGUGGAGUCUUCCAAGUAGCCAAACCUCCAACCCACGUGAUUCUUGGUAGCCCUGUAUUUUGGUGAGCUGACUACGAGAAUCAGCAAACAUGUUACCGUAGUAAAAUCAUCAUCAUUAUUUGCAUUUAUCUCAGCCGAUAUAUGCCUUAAUGUAAAGUAAUUAUUGCAAAAACAUGUUUAAUGCCAUAAUACAUGGGUAUAUACAAGUUUUCAACGAUUUGAGGAUUGAGUUUUAGGGAGCCUUACUCAAUUUUUUAUUGUUCGUUUGUAGAUUUUAAGGCCAGCCUAUAGUAUUUGUACGUGUCUGUGUCUGUACUUGUUGGUAGUUAAGGAUUGUAAUAAUUAGUGACUUAAGCAACAUAGUGAAAUUCUCAAAAAAAAACAUAAAAAGAUAAGAAAAAUAUA